AUCGGCAGAUGGGCGAAAGAGACAAAACUCCCAGGAAGCGCUGUUCUCCACUCCAGCACCUCUGGUCAGCGCGGACGGCGAGAGUGAAGCAGCUCUGCCGAGAAAAAAACACACACAUCCACUCAUCACUUCCUCGAGAGCUGUGGAAAGAAGAAAAACAAGUCUAAAAUAAGGUAAAUUACAUGUUAUUUUACAACAAGCGCGCGCUUCUUUACUACCUUUGUCAAAUCCUACCCUGUCUGUCUCUAUCUGUGAAAUUGAUCCUGACUAAAAAGUUGACUUUCUUUGGUUUUUAAAGCUGUAUAUUUGCAUCACACCUGCCGCAACGUUUGAGUGACUUGUGAAGUUCCCCUUUUCAAUGGUUAAGUAGGUAUUUGUCAAGAAGGACAGUGGUGUGACGGUGCUGUCUGACCGGUUUGUGAAUGAAUGAAACAGUUGACUGAAUCCUGAUCUUUAACUCAUCACCCUCAUACAGGAACGUUUACUUCCUUGUUUGUAGGUCAAAAUUGAAAAAAGUUUUCCUGUAAUAUUAUAUUUUUAUCUUUAAGGCACCUAAAUAACUUUAAAAAAAAUUUAUAUAAAAAAUGUAGUUUGUUUAUUGUUCUGAUUGGACCUGCACCUAACACACUGUCAUCCAUCACCCCCUAUUUUGAAAUGUUAUGAUGCGUCUCCUGAAUCAAUGUUAUUGCUGUCAUGAAUCAAUGAUGGUUAAUAUCGCUGACAGGUAAGUGGAUGAUCUAUGGUGCCUGGAUGAGGUCUGGAUGUUCUCCUGGCCUGGAACCAGCACUGUAGUGACUCAGGGACAUGGGUGAUCAAUAGUCAGAAAGAUCUGUGACAGACCCAUUAAUCCAUUGAAGAAAUAGCCGUCACGGCUGCAGUGUACAACGAGGGAUACCUUUUUGAGACAACAUCAGGGCUUUUAGCGUAAUGAAGCAUACAGGAGAAACACACUGAGUAUGAAUGCCAUCCCUGCAAGGUUACAUGAUGCACAGGACUCUCCAUAGUCUCUACAUCUCUACAUCUCACAGUAUUGAUCAGUGAAGGAUGAGCUAAAUUUGUCAUCUGUUGGAGUUGUAAACCUCCUGUUACAUGUGGGUAGCAAUUGUGGCGCAUCUUAAAUAGGAUAAAUAAAACUAAUAAUCCAGGUUUCUGCAAGAUGUAUUGUAUGAUUGCAGUGAAAAUGUUGUUUUUUCAAGAGUCUUCAUUGUCUUAAGAGUUCAUGUUGUGUCUACUGUGUUUAUAGUGCAGUAAAAGUCAGAAAAAACUAUAACACCACAUUUUUAUUGCUUUAGAUGACUGGUUGUUUACAUAGGAGUUUGUGUCCAAUUGAUCUUUACACUGUUUUGUAAGGAUAAUGAAGAUUACAGAUGCAUGCAGGGAGACAUGAUUUUAUUAGCAGUGAUCUUAAAUACCCCAAUGUUAUGCGUUUGUUUGUCCUGUUGCAGAUGACCCCGUUUAGGAGAGCUUAUGGCUGAAGUAUAAAGGUCACACCUAAACCCUCCUACUGUAAAAUUUAUUGAUGCCAUUACAUUUACUUACUUGACUUCCGUCACGUUCUGCCACUCAUGGAAAGGACUCUGCCUUUAAAAAAAAAGGAACAAUUUUCCAUCACUUGAUGUGUUUAUUUCACUGAAUUUUUGCUUUUUAAUGAAAACAGAUCUUGUAAAAUCUGUGGAUCACUUGUGUAGAUUUGAAGGCAGUCCUAUUACUCCACUCCGUACUGUCUGCUGUCACUUAAACAGGAAUCUGAUUAUCUGAGUGGUAAAUAAGUGCCAAUUACCUCAUUAGUGCACAGGUCAAACAAACACAGCUUGAUCAUGUUGGAUUAAGCUUUACUGUCUGUAUUUUUCUAAGUUCACUAUGAGACAAACAAUAAAGCCUGACACUGCAGAGGAUGAUGAGGUCUGAUCCUGCUGGAAAAUCAGAUUUUCAUACAAAAGCUGCACCAUAUGGGGAAAAAAAGAGUCAUGGACGGAUGCAGAUUGCAGCAAAGGGGGUGAUCAUUUUGCACUAAGGUUUCAGUUUUCACCGGAUCAAUUAGGAUGAUGUAACAUGUGACGUGUCUCAUUAUUUCAGCUCAUUUUCUAGUGCCCUUAGGAUAAUAAAGCUAGUUUUCCCUUCAUAGCAGGUUAAUUAUAUAAAUACGCAUCUCAUAAAUUAAUCUGGAGAAGAUUUGUGGGCCAGGGCGUCACAUAAAUUACGCUGGAUUAAAAAAAAAAAUAGCCUCUCCAUUAUUUAUUUCAUAAUUUAAUUAUGAUUGGAUAAAAUGUACAGCACCACUUCACAAACUGCAGUCAUUUUUCCAUCUUUGUAGCUAAUUGAAUGACGUUGGACUUUUCAUUUAUUAAUUGUAACAUAAUUAAUGUGAAACUUGGACCAGUUUCACAUGUCUUUUCGUCAUUUGGUUACCAGACUCUGUCUUUAUUGCUCUGACAGUAACACGCUAAUUUUUUCGUGCAUGAGUUUAGUAUGGCUUUAAGAAUGUAAUGUUUUAAACCCAGCAUGAACAUCUGCUUUUCUUUAAUGGUCCACUCCUCCUCUCAUCGUCCUAUCUUUGUCUCACCUAAUCGUUCACUUUCUCACCCAGACUAAUUCAGCUGAAGCAGUCAUGUCAGCCAAGGCCAUCUCCGAGCAGACGGGAAAAGAGUUCCUCUACAAGUACAUCUGCACAUCGGCGGCUGUGCAGAACAGAUUCCGCUAUGCCAAUGUGACUCCUGAGACCGACUUCAAUCGGCUGGCAGUAGAGCACCCAUGGCUGCUCACAGAGGUAAGGCACCAGAGACCAGUCUGACCAAAAUUGAAUGUGGAUAAAGAGACAAAAUAUUCUUACGCUGAGUGAACAAUUAGUUAUUGCAACACAAAUUUAUAGCCCAUAAAUGCCUAAAGUACAUCGACUCCUCAGCCUCUGAAAAAUGGUCUCCUCUUUAUGAGACAAUUACUUUGGCUGGCGGUCUCUUGGCGUCUGUUUUCUGAUGUCAUAGAGAGCAAAGUGAUGUCGUAGCGCUGCCGCAUUCUCAGUGGAAAUGCAACAGAUGCACAAGAAAGAUGCAUUUUUUCCCACUUUGAUUCUUGGUAACACAGAGGUCAGAGUUCAGCUUCCAUAGGAUUUCUUGGUCUAAUUGUUCCCCAGACAAACAACAACCUUCAGACUCUUUCCACAACGCCACGCUUUCAGAUCAGCUCUUCAAAAUGCAGCAGUAGCAGAUCGACGGGCUAAAAUAGAAGUUAAUUGAAUUACUCUGUGAGUCAUCUUGCGGGAUAAAAUGUCAAUCCCCCUGUGUGUCCCUCACAUCUGAGGCUUUUAAUCUGGAAGGUAGGAUGUGGAGGAAGAUGUGCAGGGUAGAUACACAGAGAUAUAUGCCCUGGUAGAAUUGAUUAGGCAAUUGCAUUAACUUUCACCUCCUACCUGCUCUUCCUUUGCUCACUGGCGAGCACCCAGAUCUUAAUGGCUCAGCUGUCAUAAGUCAUUCUCUCUAUCUAUGGCGAGAGAGGGAAAGAGCAGGCUCUCGAGUCAGAGUGUUUUAGAGAAUCCUACUUAUGUUUUGUACCUCAGCAGAUGAUGAAUGAAUGAACUCUUGUUGUCACACACACAGCAUCACUGCAUAAUUACAGUAUAAGCUCUCACAUUGACAGGUGGUUGAUAAUAAAAAUACCAUCACUUUUAUUGUCAUCAGAAUCCAACAUGUGAGAAAUGUGCAGAAAUUGUCUUUUUCACUCCAGUUUUUUUACAUGCAUGAGGUUUAAAAUUCAAGAAAUAUAAACUAGUAUUUGAUCGAGCUUCAGGUGACGGAUUAUUAAAAAAAAAAGAUUAGCAGAAAAUGCACUUCAGACCCUGCUGUGUUAUUGAAACAGUUUGAUACAUUUUGCUCAGUAUGACCCUGUUUUGUUCUAAAAACAUGUUUAUUUUUCUUCUCCAGAGGCUGGUGGUGAAGCCAGACCAGCUGAUCAAGAGGAGAGGAAAGCUGGGCCUGGUGGGCGUCAACAUGGACCUGAACGGUGUCAAGGAGUGGCUGAAGUCCCGCCUAAUGAAAGAGACUACUGUACGUCAUCCACCCUCUCCAUCUCUGCUGUUUUUCAGCCAAUUACCUUCUCCAACCCUCCAGUUUUAGAGUGUGCUCUUAGCUGAACACUCCUUUAAUCAAUAUUAUCCCAGAGCUUAAUUCAGACACUCCUCCUCAUGCCCUUUCCUUCAACCUGCGGCUCUUGUUUUUUUUUGCACUGAUGCAUUUGGUUUGUGUGUUUGCCUGAACGGACUGCUGAGGCGUUCAGUGUUAGUCCGCUGGUUGUAAAUCAGUCUGGUCAGCUCAGCUGUAACGCUUGCAGCUCGGGAAUAAACAGCCAGUCUAUCAAUCGAGUCGGCAUGAAGCACGGCACACCAGAUCCAUCACUGCGAGGCUGAGAUGCUGCUUUGCCUCAUAAACCAAAUAACAAGUAGCAGAGGGACUAGGAUGGUUCAUAAAGCUUUGAAGAAGACUGUUGGUGUGAGUUGCAGCACGUAGAUUGCAUCAAUAUGUCUUUUCACGAGAAAGAGAACUGUCUGCAGCUGUCAGUGGUUGUAAAUGAGAAUACACAAAGCUACAGCUGUAAUACCAUAAAAAAAGGUUAGGGCAGCAUAUCCCAUUUCUCUUUUUUAUACUACCUUUGAAAAGAUGCAAGUUAUUAGCCUCAUGUUAGCUAGACUGACGAUGCUGCUUGUGUAUUUGCUGCAUGGUUCAUAAGGGUGUCUGAUACAAUACCGAUAUUGUAGCCUUCAGUAUCGGCCGAUACUGAUAUUGAUCUGAUAUUGGCACAAACUUGUGCAUGACAAGAAGUACUGCCACACAGCUGACAUCACUCCUACACCUUUGCUAUAUUGUUCGUACCUUAGUGACACUAGAGACACUGUUGUUGUGACCACAUGGGCUCUACAUGCUGGAUCUGGGCGCUGGUAGCUAGAGGUGCAAGAGUGAAGUCUGAAAUGGACUGCUUGUAUUGGAUUGGAUUGGAUUGUACUGAUUUCAGACAUUUUAGAUGCAAGCCGAUAUGAUCCGAUUUUUGUUUUUUGGCUGAUAUCGGACCGAUAUCCGAUAACAAUAUUGUAUCAGGACCACCCUAAUGGUUCAUUUCUUGUUUGCUUGAAUUGGAAACUUUGGAUCUAUAAAAUUUGCAACGCACAUGAUUAUCUUCAACAGUCUUGUUUCUGUGAUAAAUAGAGGAAUGUUUCCCCGCAGUAACGAAAAAGUGAGAUGUUGAUCUGGUCAAAACGGCCUGUUUUUAGUUAGCUUGUGAGUUUAUCAGAGGAAGUCAACAGAGCAACUUUUUUAAGAGGAAUUGGUCAUAUCAGAAACCAGCACCUAUGAAUAACUUUGACACCUAGCAGAUCCUGCAACUUCCUUCCUUUUCACGUUAUUCACUGUGUUUUCUGCGCUGCAGUGGCUCACUCUUUCAUUUUACUGAAUAAGUAAUUCAUGUUUUGUGUGAUCAUAUUAGUUUAAGUGGUUAAAUUAAAUCAUCUACAACAUUAGUGGCUUUCCUGUUUGAGGCAGUAACCCAAGUCAGAUCAUUCAUCUCAUUUUGUUGGAGCCCUUUUGUAAAAUUGUGAUAGACGGUUUGUUUUUUUCCUCCCACCGUCUACCUCCCUUUUCUGCUCUCUCUCUCUCUCUCCCUCUUUUUGUUCGGUUUUCUCCUCGGCUGGCUGCUCUCAGCCGGUCCCUGGUUGUUCUGUGCCUAUUGGCCUUUAACAGAGACACGAUGACAGCCUCUCUAAAUGAGCUGUGGCUGAGCAGGAGCUUUGCCUGCAGUAAAACAUGGUGACAUUUUCUUCUCCUCUCUUCUCAACCUUUCCUUUCUUUUGUGUCAAGUGAUCAUCCUGCGUUAUUUUUAAGUGCUGUAUCAUUUAGCAUCAUUAAUAUGCCUGAAAUCUGCAAAUAGGCUGUUUGACUCAUGUUUUUGUUCUUGAUUAAGCAUUUCGUGCUCUAAGUAAAGUAUUUUCUUGAUGAUCCUCAGGUGGGAAAAGCCAACGGCAUCCUUAAGAACUUCCUCAUUGAGCCGUUUGUCCCACACAAGCAGGUAAAGCACUCCUAAAACAUGAACUAUUUAAUGAUUCAUUUGAGAGUUUUAUGAUCCUGAUUUAGAUAACAGUGGUCAUAAAAUAUGUCUGGUCUAGGAGGAGGAGUUCUAUGUGUGCAUCUACGCCACCCGAGAGGGCGACUAUGUGCUGUUCCAUCAUGAAGGCGGGGUGGAUGUGGGAGAUGUGGAUGCUAAGGCGAAGAAGCUGCUGAUUGGGGUGGAUGAAAAAAUCAGUGAAGACUCUGUGAAGAAAGAACUGCUGAGUCACGUCCCCAAUGACAAGAAAUCGUAAGUGGAACAGAAAAAGUGGUCCAGGACUUCAUCUUUAACCUUAGUCAGAAGAUUUAAAUCACACAGGGCUAAAAUUAGCUAUGGUAAAAACACAGAAAAGGGGGAAAAGAUUGUUUUCUGUUUUGUAGUAAAAGACUUGGUUCGAGGAGGAAAGAAAAUGUCGCAUGAAGAAGGUGGAAAAAGCACUUUGAUACUGGCAGUGAAUGUAGGGGGAGCAGGAGAAGGCGGGUGGAGGGUUUCCAUUAGACAAAUGACAAACUCCUUUUUUUCAAUCAGCCCCCACCCCCAGCCUUUUUUACAGUCCAGCCACAUUCACGGCACGUCCUUUUAUUUUGAUUGGUAUGAUACAGCGGCUCACCCCUCUACACCCUCCCAUCCAUCUCCACAGCAGCACAGGCCAGACUGGCUGUCUUGGCUGACAUUGGAGAAGCUCCACUCCUCACCCUUUUUCACUCUUUUCCUCACCCUCACCACCCACUCUAGAUUCAAAACAGGAACCUUCUUGGCCCGCUUUUCCUGCCCUCCUGUCAGAAGUAGAGGCUGAGUCACUGGAGGGAUUUGGUCAUAGUUUACUCCCAGUGGACGUCUGACAACAGGCUGACGUGGUAACAGAGGCUCUGAGCUGCUUGCAAAACUGACAGGCAGGAGAGGAAAACAAAACAGCCUCCCCCAACUCCCCCUCAGCAUUCUCCCAUAACUCACUGCUCUGUUUUGACAUUUGAAGGAGGACUUUAAUUGGAUCUCAUCCUCUAUAGUCAGUUAAAAGGUGGGCUGUUUCCUGUCCGGCUCUCCUGUCCUGCAUUAAGGAGGCUGUCGUUUCUUACAGUUGGAAUCAUAAGGAAAUUACUUUUUGUUUAGUGACUUAUUUAAUCAAUACGCACAACAGAAGAAAAACAAUGAAAUCCAAGAUGAGUCAACAAAAAGACAGAGGUUUCACAUUUAAACCCAAAUAUGCUCAUCUAUAAUAUAAUCUAAAAUAUAACAAAAACUCAAAGAUUCCUUUGUGCUUAAUUGCAUACAGGCACUUAACCACUGGCUAUUGAAACAGGCAGGUUUAGUGGUGUACCAGAGGAACAAAGACUUCACCUGUACUGUGAUUUAGAACAAACAGAAAAUGAGAUUCAUUUUAUGUUCCUUUGUAUGACAAAUUCAGACAUUUAUUUUUCAAGAAAAUGAGUUUGUUAUCCAAUGAUUUCUUUUACUUAGAUGACUACAAGAAACUUGAAUUGUGUUUUAAAAUACGAGUUUUUUAUACAGCUAACUUUAUUUAUAAGUCUUGGGAAAAGAGAAAAAAUGUGUUGUACAUUUGAUUUGAGUUUAUGUAGUUUACGGGUGUAGAUCUAAUUUUAUGUGUACUUGUAUGUUUUUCCUUUUCCUCUUUUUUUUUUAGUUUUUCACGCUAUGCAACACUGUCUGUUGAUAUUAUUUAGUGUCUUAUAAACCCAUGUAGGUUGGGCACUUUGUGUGCAUGACACUUCAAUUACUAAAUAACUAACUAACUAUAACGAUACGAAACAGAAAACGCAGACCAACCUCACAUGUGUGAAACUGUUACUAGCCCUGUUUGCGUAUUAUAAAGUCAAUAAUAACACUAGAACAGAAAUCCGAAUCAUUUCAUCAAAACACCAGCGACUGAUUAGUUUUCUCGUCUCCCUGCAGAGUCCUGGCCAACUUCAUUGUCGGGCUCUUCAACCUGUAUGAGGACCUGUUCUUCACGUACCUGGAGAUCAACCCAUUAGGUAGGUGUUCCCUUUUUUCCUGAUUGCUUUUUUCUGUCACAUCCCUGAAACCCAGAUGUGUAAAGUCCUGACAAGAAUCAUGAUUGCAUAGAAAUCUAAUCUAAACACUACCUCAUGAGUAUGUGAUCUUAUUAUGUAAUGGAUGAGGGGACAUCAAAAGGAAGUUGGAAAUGAAAACAUCAGUGCAUAUUAAAACACAUUGCAUCCUUGCAGCUGAUUUUUUUCCACAGUUUUUAGACUGUGGGAGGAAAAACUUCAAUAAUUCAUGCCCCGACUGUUUGAUGAAGGCAGCAUGUAUUUAUGAUAGAGUAAUUGGGCACCAGUACAGCCCUCUGGCAGCUGUUCCUGUAGAGGGAACAUGGCUGCUGAGACCGGCUCUCUGCGCUUUGAUGUCCCUCUUCCUCCUCAUCUUCACUUUCCGUCCACCUCCUGCAGGGACAGCAGAAAAGCUGUGGUCGCCUAUCACCAAAUUCGGUCCUUAUAUGACUUGUUCAAAACUCAUGCUUUAUGCUGACAGUGGCUUUCUGCGGGAGGGAGUUGGCGAACCUUGUUUGAGGAUAGAUGUCAACGCUCUUGUUAUCUCUGUCUGUCAGUGGUUACAAAAGAAGGGGUUUAUGUGCUGGACAUGGCGGCCAAAAUCGAUGCUACAGCUGACUACAUCUGCAAAGCCAAGUGGGGAGAUGUGGAGUUCCCUCCACCCUUCGGCAGAGAGGCUUAUCCUGAGGUAAGAGAGGACAGAGAGAAUGAAAGGUAUAUCUAAGUAAAGGUGUUUGUCUUUAUUUUAGUGUUUAUUUAUAAAAGUCAUGAAAUAAAUCAAGAGAAAACACCUAAUUUUCAAAAAUAACGGUAUUUUACUGUUGUUGUUUUUUUUAAGUGUGUGUAUUUAAGAUUUUAUUCCAAUAUUGCCAGAUGCUUGUUUGAGACAGACUGUCUGUGUAGCAGAAGGGUCGCUCUAAUUGGGCUGCUGUGAAUCUGCAGUGUGGACGUGGGACAGCGGGUGUCUUUGAUUAGGUUUUCCUUACUGUCAGACACCAGCUGUGGACCUGACUGUCAAAAACAUCAACUGAUGCACAUCACGUACAGCAUCUCUGUUUAUGCAUGUACAAUAUUUCCAAUUAAUGGCACAAUAAAAUCAAUGCCAGCACCGGCAUCAGGCUGUGCUUGUGAAAGUACUUCUCUGAUUAAGGCUCCAAUCACACACACACUCGCACACAAAAUCAGCCCACUCCAGCUACCCUCCCACUGUUCCAAUCAAGUAACGUCAUCUCACCUUGUCAUUGGCCUCUACUUUGUCUUUUGCAGGAGGCCUACAUCGCUGACCUUGAUGCAAAAAGCGGCGCCAGCCUUAAACUGACCCUGCUCAACCCCAGAGGCAGGAUCUGGACCAUGGUGGCAGGAGGAGGCGCCUCAGUGGUGUACAGGUAUUCUGUCGCAGCUUCAAUAAAUAAGACCCCAGCUGCUCUCUGUGGCUGAAAUCUGCUCAAAGCUUUACCAAGACUGCAUCCAUUUCACUACAUAUAAUUGGGUUUAGCAUUAAGAGAGCAUGCAGCAGUGAGACUGAUGGUGCAGCAGAUCAGACUGUCUGUUCAGCUACCGGCUAAAUUGGAUUUUAAGAUGCUUCAGUCUUAGUGAGAGUCUGGGGGAGUGUGCAGCGUCUCCCCCAAGCCUUCGUCUGUUGAGGUAGAAAGCGUGACAUACAGAAUUAUCAUCCAUGGCUAAUUAUCCCCCCUGUGCACUCUAAAGUUAUUUGUUUGCAGUGCUGAAUACUCAGAACAGAUGGAGAAGUGCAUCAUCUUGUUUCUCUUAAUCUUCAGUCGUGUUUAAGUUCUUUUUCCACAGUGCCAGUGACUUAUGUUCAACUCUUCCAGUGACACAAUCUGUGACCUGGGCGGUGUCAACGAGCUGGCUAACUAUGGGGAGUAUUCAGGAGCACCGAGUGAACAGCAGACCUAUGACUACGCUAAGACCAUCCUGUCUCUGAUGACCCGAGAGAAGCACCCUGAAGGUAGGAAAGCCUCCUACCUUGUUGAUGGUACUGAGGGAAGUUUUUUUUUAAAUUUAUUUAGGAGAUGUUUCUGUUGCAUUUUUUUACAGGAAAAGUUUUGAUCAUCGGUGGAAGCAUAGCAAACUUCACAAAUGUUGCAGCAACAUUUAAGGUAUAGUGUUGCAUGUCUUUUUGUUUAUGUAGUAUCUGUUUUUUACAGAAGCAUAUUGCAUUCACUGAAUAAAGGAAACUUUUUUUGAGUAAUUUUUUUUCUUCUUUCUGUUUUUCUGACUAUUUUUUUCUGUUUUUGCACUAAUAUUUUCCCCCUCUUUCUGUUUUUUCGGGCAAAUUUUAUUCUGUUUUUUUUUUUAUAGUAUUAUUUUUUUUUUAUUUUUCUGUUUUUCUGAAUAUUUUUUUUCCUAACUAAGUGAGAUACUUCAACAAAAUUCUGCCAGAAUGUCAUGCAAUCACCGUGGCUGCUCCAAAUUGCCGACUUUUCCAGCUCCUAGAUAGCUUCGACUAACCAGAUCAAUGAGAGUAAAGCAUGUUAUUAGUUAAACAUAAGGUAUGCAAAUCCUUAGGUGCCUGCACAAAGUAGACAAACUUAUGACAAUUCCAUCUAACUGAAAGAAAGGAGUAUCUCCCAGUGUCUCAAACCCAAAAGAAAGUAAAACUUGAUUAAACUAAACAAAUGGGACAUGUUUGCUUCCAGUAAAUUGAGCAUAGGGGGGGUUGAAAGAGUCUGUUUUUAAAUGAUCAUAAUCCCAGAGAAUAGGAAAAACAAUUAGCCUGAGAAACAAAACAGAAAAACCACAGUCUGAAAAACAGAAAAAUUGGUCUGAAAAACAGGGGGGAAAAUAUUCUAAAAAACAGAAAAGAAAAAUAAAUAAAUCACUCUGAACGAAAGAAAAAAAUUAUUUAGAAGAACAGAACAGAAAAAAUUACUUUGAAAAACUGAGUUUUGUUUUUUCCUUUUUUUUAUGGUGAAUGCAAUAUGCUUCUGUAGUUUUUAUCUUGUUCUUUAUUUACUGAAAUUAUUCUUGUCUUUAUCAGGGGAUUGUGCGCGCCAUCAGAGAUUAUCAGGUCCCGCUCAAAGAGCAUGAGGUGACCAUAUUUGUUCGCCGUGGAGGGCCAAACUACCAGGAAGGUCUCAGAGUUAUGGGAGAAGUCGGUAUGUUCUUUCUUUAGCUAUGAAAACAGGUCUUGAGUAAAUUUUGUUCAAAAAGCACCUGCUGGUUUUCUGCAUUACACAGACUUAAGCUCUGCCUGCUCUCCACAGGAAAGACCACUGGGAUCCCCAUCCAUGUCUUUGGAACAGAAACUCACAUGACUGCAAUUGUUGGCAUGGCACUGGGCCACCGGCCAAUCCCCAACGAGCCUCCCGUCGCCGCCCACACGGCCAACUUCCUCCUUAACUCCAGCGGCGGCUCAUCGGUAUGACACUUCUGACGUAACUGAGACAAAUUGGCUGCCAUGAUAUUGUGCUGGCUGACUAUGUGGUGACCUUACAUCAUCGGCUGCACCUACUGUGCAGAAGACUCACAUGCCAUUGCGUCUGUGUCUGUUAUAAGUGUCCCUUUGUUGAACCCCAGUAUUAGAAGCCCAAAAGCUCUUUUAUAGAAGAGCAUUAAGAGGACUGCUUUCACUCAGGUAGUCAUGAGGCUGCAGUCAGAAAUGCGCUUUAGUGCCCAAAGGCAUCCAUUAAGACUGUGCUUCUGAAAAAAGUGGAUGUGCGUGCCUGCACAUGUGUGUGCAUAAGAACAUUCAUGUAUUUGCAUAUACUGUAUGCUUCAAAUGUCAUGAUGGAUAUCUGUAAGAAAAAUGUCAAGAUCAGGGAACUGUAUGUGAAUCACAACACAGCAAGACUAGAACAAGAAUAUGAAGAAAUACAGGUCCAAGAACAAAAAUGAUUGAUGUCCAUAGAUAAGCAGUAUUGAAUUGAAUUGAAUUGAAAUUUUUUAUUAGCGUGUCAUGCACAAGAAGUGCCCAGCCUGAGUGGACUUAAAAGACACCAAAAAAAUGAACAUAUAAUAGCAGAUGAAAACCAGAUAACAGACAUUAGACCAAUUAAGCAUAUAAACAAUCCUGACGCUUUUUCCAGGCUUCAGAAACAAAAUUAGCUAAAGACAUUGAAGUUAAACAGCCUGUUUAUUCUAUCAUCAUCAGAAUACCAGAAAAUUUCUGGAUUUUUAACAGACAUUUCAGAAAAUAAGGGAGUGCUCAGUUCAUGUGACUCACUUUCCACUUCAUUGAGUUCACAUAGUUCACACAACCUUUCAUCUUCAGGAAUGUUUUAAAGUCUGUUGACUUCAAGAUUCAAGGGAAGGAUUCUUGCUCUCAGCUGUGCCAUUAAAGACCUUUUAUUUCUUGAGAGGUUUGCUUUAACAUAAGGUUAAGCAGUAUAUGGCUGUUUUUAUUUCUGAAGUUUUCAGUCUAAAACUCGCAGCACUGCAGUUCAUUUCAGCCAGUCAUGAAUUUUAGGUUGUUUGCUUCACAAGUAGAGCUUUGUGGUGACACUGAGGUCAUGUCUUAAAAAUAACCUGAAAGUUUCAGGCUUCUGUGCACUUUUGUCAUAAAUAAAAAGGAGCAGUGUUUUUACAGUUACAGCAGGUGAACUGCCCUGAUUAAAAAAAAAACAUGCUCAAUUUUCAGUUUUCACAGCAGAAUACGGUUUGUAAAAUUGAUGUCUUAUUUUUGUUUUCAGACCCCAGCAUCGAGCAGGACUUCCUCGUUCUCUGACAACAGGACCAGUAUUGAGAGCUCUCCAGCCAAGAAGGCCAAAACAGGAGGUCCUCUGGGUGAGAACAAACACACAUACAGCUGCAGACAGAGUGCUGAGGCUUUCAUAUAUUUUCAUACUCAAACCCUCUGCUCGGGAAAUGUUGUUCCAGUGAUCAUCACUAGUUGAGCUCAGGUGUUACAGCUCCCCCUUUAGACAGCCAGAAUAACCUGCAACUUAGAGCUAAGUAAAUCUCUGCAUGCAAGGACUUGAUUCAUAAAACAGUAAAAUCAGGGUUUCUGCUGCAUAAGCACUCAGGAGCAGCUGCAUGCUCUGACGAAAUCUUUUUAGGUACAGCAUGUCCUUUUUACUUUUUGAAGAAAAUGACAGUGACACAUCGACAAACUGUUGACACCAUUACAACUGUAAAAACACCACAAUCUAGAUAUUUGUUCAUUACUGUGUAGAAAAAAAAGGAAGUGUUGAGGAAGAAAGACACAGCAAUAAUUUAACUGACCUGGUUUCCAGUGUAUUUGUCCUUUUAAUCACUUUUAUUUCUUUGUAGCCAAGGGAACUACCCUCUUCAGCAAACACACCAAGUCCAUAGUGUGGGGUAUGCAGACUCGAGCAGUGCAGGGCAUGCUGGACUUUGACUAUGUCUGCUCCAGAGUUGAGCCAUCUGUCGCAGCCAUGGUCUACCCAUUCACGUAUGUACACUGUGUCCUUCCUCUAUAGUGUCUUUGCUCGGCUGCUGUCAAUGGAGUGAAUGUAAACUGAACAUGUAAUUUAAUAAAAACUACCUGUGUGACCUUUUUUCUUUCUGUGUGUUUGUCUGUCCUUCAGGGGAGACCACAAGCAGAAGUUUUAUUGGGGUCAUAAAGAGAUCCUCAUCCCUGUGUAUAAGAACAUGGCUGACGCCAUGAAGAAGCACCCAGAUGUAGACGUGCUCAUUAGCUUUGCCUCUUUACGCUCAGCCUUUGAUAGCACCAUGGAGACCAUGCAGUACUCACAGGUAAAUGAAUUCACCAUCUGUGGGGCUCUUUACAGCUCAAGUCCCCAAAGUCAUGCCUUUUUAUUUAAUGCUCUUAUAGAUCCGCACCAUUGCCAUCAUCGCCGAGGGAAUCCCUGAAGCUCACACCAGGAAGAUCAUCAAAGCUGCAGAUGAGAAGGGUGUUACAAUCAUUGGACCAGCAACCGUUAGUAUUGUUUUGCGCCUUUAUAGAUUCAUCACACUCUUCCCCGUUCUCAUUUUCUUAAAGAAGCAAAUCUGUGUGUGUGUGUGUGUCUGUGUUUUUAUGUCUAGGUUGGAGGUAUUAAGCCAGGCUGUUUCAAGAUUGGUAACACAGGAGGCAUGCUGGAUAACAUCCUUGCUUCUAAGCUCUACCGUCCAGGCAGUGUGGCCUACGUUUCCCGCUCAGGUGGCAUGUCCAACGAACUCAAUAACAUCAUCUCCCGCACUACCGACGGGGUUUUUGAAGGUGUUGCUAUUGGUGGGGACAGGUAUGUACCUUUCUGAUAUCUGCAAAAUGUGUGCUUGUGUGACUGAACUGCUGUCUAAACUUGGAGUCUUCUCCAGAUACCCUGGCUCUGUCUUCACUGACCAUGUGCUGCGCUACCAAGACACUCCUGGAGUGAAGAUGAUCGUUGUGCUGGGAGAGGUGAGGAUUAAAUCCACACUGACAGAGGUCUCUACAACCUCUGCAGUGGAUUUUUUUCACCAUCCAGUAUCUGUCUCUGCUUUUUACAGAUUGGAGGCACAGAGGAGUACAAGAUCUGCCAAGCUAUCAAACAGGGUCGAAUCACAAAGCCAGUGGUGUGCUGGUGUAUUGGCACCUGUGCCACCAUGUUCUCCUCAGAGGUGAGAGUGCAAAUGUAGAAUCUAAUCCAUUUCAGGCACCGCUAAGGCUGAUGUAUAUUUUAAUGGCAUUUUUUUACCCAUACUGUGCCUUUUGUUACCCCUCAGGUUCAGUUCGGUCAUGCAGGCGCCUGUGCCAACCAGGCCUCUGAGACAGCAGUAGCUAAGAACAAAGCCCUGAAGGACGCUGGAGCCUUUGUCCCCAAGAGCUUUGACGAGCUUGGAGAGAUCAUCAAGUGUGUUACUUACAAUAAUAAUGAGUUAUUAUCUAUUUUCCAUGGAGAUUUGCGUGUCUGACUUCUUCUAUCCAUGCAGAUCUGUUUAUGAUGAUCUUGUUGCCAAGGGAGUUAUUCAGCCAGCUGAGGAGAUGCCUCCUCCAACCGUGCCAAUGGAUUACUCUUGGGCCCGGGUGAGUGUGCUCACAGUCAUACAUACUUUGGAUCAUUAUCUCUAGCAAAUUAAAAAUUGUUUUAAAAUGAGACAGAAAUAUACAUAGACUUUGAUCACCCUCUUCCCAUAUUUUUGCUUUCCUCUGUUGACCCUGCAGGAGCUGGGUCUUAUCCGUAAGCCCGCUUCCUUCAUGACCAGUAUUUGUGACGAGAGAGGUCAGGAGCUCAUCUACGCAGGCAUGCCAAUCACUGAGGUCUUCAAGUCAGAGAUCGGCCUGGGAGGAACUCUGGGGCUGCUCUGGUUCCAGAGGAGGUCAGCAUCUUAACCCUGCGAGCUAUGAGGAACAAACUUUAGAGAAAUCCCUGAGUAGAUUCUCCUUUUUUGUUUACUCUUGUGUGUGUGUGUGUAGGCUGCCAAGGUAUGCCUGUCAGUUCAUUGAGAUGUGCCUGAUGGUGACUGCUGAUCAUGGCCCUGCUGUCUCUGGUGCCCACAACACCAUAGUCUGUGCGCGAGCUGGCAAAGAUCUCAUCUCCAGCCUCACCUCAGGCCUUCUCACCAUCGUAAGAAUCUAAAACCUGCCGUUCACAAACAUAAAUCACUUUAAAUUUCCCCUCAAGUUUUUUAUAGUUUCUGCUUUUACUUUUUUUGUUUUUAGGGCGAUCGCUUUGGAGGUGCCCUUGAUGCUGCAGCAAAGCAGUUCAGCAAGGCCUUUGAUAGCGGCAUGUUGCCCAUGGAGUUUGUCAACAAGAUGAAGAAAGAUGGCAAGCUGAUCAUGGGCAUCGGGCACAGAGUGAAAUCUGUAAGUACUGAGGCUUCCUGUUGUAGUGUAAGUCAGUGUGGAUGGCAGCCGAAUGAUCUAUGAAUCAAAGUUUAGCUGCUAUAAAAACAAGGUUUUUAAAUAAAAGAGGAUAAAAAGCUGUAGACUGCACUUUAAAAACAGGAAUAUAUUGUGGAGGACAUGUUCUAGAGUACUACACCAUUUGAAAACUAAAGUAAAUUAUCUGUGCUCUUUCAGAUUAACAAUCCAGACAUGAGAGUCCAGAUCUUGAAAGACUUUGUGAAGCAGCACUUCCCCUCCUCUCAGCUGCUGGACUAUGCUCUGGAUGUAGAAAAGAUCACCACAUCCAAGGUGAGAUUUAUCUCUACAUCUUGUCUAUCACAGCCGCUGUUAAACCCUCUGGAAUACAAAAUACAAUCCUCGUUUUCCUUUGUGUUUUAUUGUGUCAGAAACCCAAUUUGAUCCUGAAUGUGGAUGGCUUCAUUGGUGUAGCAUUUGUGGACUUGCUCAGGACUUGUGGUGGUUUUACAAGGUGAGCUGAUGAGUCUUUAUGAUGUCUUUUAAACAGUAAAGAUCAGUUUUUUUUGUGUGUGUAUUUUUGCAUUCCCCUUCACAUUUUGUACAUUUUGUGCAGCUAUCUUUUAAAUAAUCCCCUCUUUUGUAUUUUUUUCCCGUUCAUUGUCCCCUCAACAGGGAUGAAGCAGAUGAGUUUGUAGAAAUCGGAGCUCUGAAUGGCAUCUUUGUCCUGGGACGGAGCAUGGGAUUCAUUGGUGAGUCAUUUGGGUGGGGAGCCACACUACUGUGUACGUGCUGUCUCUGUGUUGGAUUGAAAAAACUUCUACAUUGAAUGUAUUUUUCCAUUUCUUGUCAGGUCACUACUUGGACCAAAAGAGGCUGAAACAGGGUCUGUAUCGGCACCCCUGGGAUGACAUCUCUUAUGUGCUCCCAGAACACAUGUCCAUGUAAUCAGAGGGAUGAAACUGGAAUAUCAGCAGAUAUAUCUCUCAAAUUCCUUCAUCCCAGUCAUUAUUUCCUCUCUCACAGUGUGAUUGUCACCUCAAGGCUUUGUAAUAUUAUAGAGAAGAUGUUACUUUUAAUAUAUAUAGCUCUAAAUGCUAAUAAUGUUUAGAAAGCUAUGAGUAUUUUUUGGAAACCUGUCAGUGCUGCAAUUCUGUACAUUAGCAAAACCUGCUAAACUGUGAAUCUCCGGUCAGAAGAUGACUGAAUCUGACAAAGUGUUUAAAGAUGAAUCAGUCUUACAGUCGAGGGUUUAGAGUUGGGCUUUUCAACUUGAAGCCACCAGUACUCAUGGCUAGUUGAAGUCCUUUGCUAAUCCCAGAAUAAUACUUCAUGUUGUAUUAACCUAGCAUGUGUGUCUGUAUUACAAACUGUUGUGUCUAUGUGGAGCUACCAAGAUCAUUCGGUACAAAGAUCAUAAACUUGCUACACGGGGAAUAACAUGUUGUGCAAUAAUGCUAAAAUGAUAGUAAAAGGGUUGACUCUAGAGCAGAGCUUUAUUUGUGUAUAGAUGUAUUAAUAGAAUAACCAAGUAGUACAAGAAUGUUUUAAUCUUUCAAACAUCAGUCUGCUCAAUGUGGUAACCAUCUUAAUGAGUCAUUCCAGGGAAGUAAUGCUGUACCUCCUCCUCAUUCCCCACUCCUUAAUAGCUGGUGAAAAAUGUAAAAGUAUUUUCUGAAAUGGCUUGAACAGAAGGGGAGGAUUUUUCAACAUAAGAAAAAAUAAUAAAUGUUUACUUUCAACCUUCUCAUUUACCCUGUUCUUUAAAUGAUCGAGGUCCCUAUGGCCAUAACCCCAAAGAUGCAGUUAUGAAUAUAUCUACAAAUCAAAUACUCCCGUUUAGGGUUCUGAGCUCAAAAACAUGAAUACAACUCGUGCCACAAACUCACAAAUGAUUUGGACAUUUCUGUAUUUCUCCUAUAAAAUAGCAAAUCAUUUUUACUGAUAUUGCCAUUAUCUAUUCCAAAUGUUACAUAUAUAUUUAUACAUGGUUAAUAAGAUAUGUUCUUUUUUUUUAAACUAUCAAAACAUCUGCUAUAACUGUAUUUUUAAUGCCAAACAUCAAUACAUCAUCAAUAAAUAACUCACAGGUAUGACCAAGAUUUCUGCCACACAUUUCAGAAUGUGUUGUAGGUAUCCACUGGAGAGAAUCUUAAUAAUGGAAAGUCUGAGGAACGAAGCUUUUCACUUCAUUAAAAAAUAAAGAAACCUGACAUUUUCUUCAAUGUGUGCAGUCUGAAAGAUGGCACCAAUAUUGUCUUGAAUGUGACUAAACCAUGUGGCCAGUCUGUAACCUCACCAGUAUUUUCACAACUAUUUGUUUUCAACGGUUUCAUUGUGAACUGAACGUGCCUCUAUAAUGACUUAUUGUAUGUUGACAGCUGUGUCAUUGAGUCAAAUAAAAUGUGAAUCCUAAUCUCAUCAAUAUACA